AUGGCCCGCCAGCCUGACUCCCCUUCAGAGGAGGCAGGGGUACCUGACCCUCCAAUGCCCCAUAUCACGCCGGAGGAGGAUACAAUCUCCCUGGCAGCCUCAGCCACUCAUUUUCAUGACAAUGGGGAAGACGCAGAAGGCAGCGCAUCCCAGGUGUCCGAUCCAGGCUCCUACUUCUCUGGCCAGAGCUCUCGGACAGAGACGGGCGAUCACUCUAUGCGCACAGUUAUGCGCAUGGCCUUGGAGCGCCAAAACUUGGAUGUCCUACAGGUGGAAAACUCUGCACCCGCAAGUGCUUUCCUCAGGCGCAGGCCGCCACCCACUGCCUUUGCUGUGCCUCACUCACCGGACUUCCUGAGGGAACUACAGGCUAGUUGGAUGGACACUAGGGCUGGCUCCCGUAUGUCUGCUGACGCUCAAACUCUGGCAGCCGUGCAUAAUGCGGCAGCAGUGGGCCUGGAUCAUAUGCCAGCUGUUGAGCCAGCCAUCGCAUCCCUCAUUGUCUCCCCCGACGAGGCUCUGCGCAGGGAGACCAGGUGCCCCCAGCCCCAGUGCAGGAUAACUGAUGACCUGCUUGUUAGAGCUUAUGACUCUGGGGCACGCGCUGGCCGCAUUGGGAACUCCCUCUCACACCUUAUGCUGGCUCUCUCAGCCUCCCUGCAAGAAGGCGACGUCGGUACAGGGAAUGUGAAUGGUGAUACCAUCACCAUGUGUGACGCAGCACUCGAGGCAUUUGGCCACAUGACCCGAGAGCUCGGGCGCAUGAUGUCCACUGUAAUCCAGGCUCGACGCCAAGUCUGGCUGUCACAGUCGAAUUUGACUGAGGCCUCGAGGAGAACCCUCAGGAGCCUUCCAGUGGAGCCAGGAACAGUGUUUGGCUCAGCUGCUCAGGAAGCGCUUGAGAGGACUAUUCAGGCGGGGCAGACCAGGCAACAGCUUGCAAGUCUCCGUCGCAUGCCUCCACCUAGCAGGCCCCCCUCUGGCAGAGGUAGGGCCACAGCUGCCCCCAGGGCUCGCCCUCCACCACCACCUCAUGCUGUGGGCCAACGAUGCCCUCAGCGACCUACGCAAGCACAGACCUGCGACUCACGGGCCUCCGCCCCAUUACCUUCCCGGCAGUUUCGGGCCCGGGAUCCUGGACGACCCCUCACCAGGGCCCCUAGGGGUCAGGGGGCCAGGCGCUGAAGCUACGGGGCCAGCCAUCGGAACGUUUUCACACCAGCAGCUCAGGUACUGGGCUGCUCGAGCUUCAGACCCGUGA